UUUCGCGCGGCAGCUUUUCGCUCAGUGGAAAGUAAGCUUUAACCGCCAUUAUGAUUAUGUGCAGUUAUGUGCUCACUAUCUUCAAUGCUGCCUUUGGGAAAAGGGCUUGGAAUUCAUUUCACAAAGUAUUAAUAGCCGCAUGUAAUGCCCUCCGUGAAUAUUUUCGACAUUCUCUGUCAGCAUGUUGCAUGAAAGUGUCAUGUGUAGCAGCUAUUGUGAGCACUUUGUUUAUCGUUUACACCGACUAAAAGGAUAUCAUAGUACACUAAGUUAGCAAAACCAAGUAACCAAAACAAGGUUCCGUCGACACGGUGGUGGAUAUUUUUUAAAACGCCAUUAUUUUUAUCUGUUUUAAAAAAGUCUUUGUCUACAUUAUGAGCGUCCACACCGAAAGUAAGGGAAAAAGAAACUUUUUUUACGCAAAGAUAAACCUUUAUUAAGUUUAAAGAAUAUCUUAGAAUAUCCAAUAAAUUGUUGGUUCUUUGAAAUUUUUCCUCCUUCUAUACAAGCCGUUCUGGUCCUAUGAACCCUACCGACGAUCCUGCGACGCUGCGCAAUCCUUGGGGAAGUUGUUGUAGCCUCGGUUCCAGCUUUUCAGCCAACGAACACGGCGGGAAUGAACACCAUGUUGGAUUGCACGACUCGGCCAUGGACGAAGGUUAAGAUUGCAGUUUCAUUCCCUUGUUCUUAUCAACCAAUCUUGGACACAUCUAUUUACAAUCGGCUUAAACGCAAGCUGCUAUAAAGUACGAAGAAUGCUGUUCUGGGAGGAAUUCAAAAGAGGGCGGUUGCAACACGAACUGGCAUCAUCAUCUCAGCAAUCUCGUUGCGAUACCACUUGGAGGCUCAACCAAAUGUCUAGAAAUGAUUUCAGAAAGCAGAUUGUUUGGUGGUGUCUGAUAGUAUUCUAGACUUCAUUGGUGAAUUGCGGCUACAAAACGAAAGUGAAUGGAACUCAGUUACAGAGGCCGUGAAAAAAAUUUUCUUGGAUAAGGUUCCCUGGAGAGCAUCUAGAGGUCUGAGCACGAGUAAUGCUGCAAUUUUCCAGUCAAGCGUCAGUCGAUUUGAGCUAGGAUCUGUUGCCUGGACGUCUACAGGGUUUCCUGCAGGUAUCACGCCUUGGACAGCAGCAUGGCAAGAUCGAUCAAAACCUUACCUGACCAUUCGUCUCAAAGAUGAAACAACUUCAACAUUUGAUUCAGUGGCAUACUCUACGUCUUUAGAAAAUACUUCGUUACAAGAAUAUUGCAGAUUGGUGAGCUAUUCUUAUAGCUUGAAUUUUUGUUAUAGCUUGAAGUUUUUAACUUGUUUGAAAAUACACCCACUGUUGAUGACAGUAAUGAUUUUAUUUCCACAUAACAUAUAUGAUUUCCAUUUUCAGAUUAAGCGGUACAGAAAUGCGCUGUUCAUGACUGACGACACGAUAGAGGCUAAGCAUUUCAUUUCCUGCUUCUCCCAUUGGCUCAAGACCAUGGACGAAAUUAGAGGCAAGACAAGUUUUAUUGCCAGCGUUGAAGAAAAUGAGAUUUGCACUGCUCAGGAACUUGUGAAACUGUUACGAGAAUAUGGGGCUUUGGUUGAGGUGAAUCGCGAGAGACCGAAGUGCUCAACAAUUAUUCUGAUCGACGUUGAUUUCAUCCUUAAUCGAAAAUUAUCUUCGGAUGUCUUUGUUUGGCUUGGAAAACGUGGAACAGAAGAACCCUUCUAUCUAAGCAAUGGCAUUGGAGUGAACAGUCAGCUUUACUAUUUGCAAAAUGACGUCAUCGUACUUGCAUAUGCAACGAAGACAAGCAUGGACCGAUUUGGGCAAGGAAUUCAUAGAUUUUUCAAGUUAAUUGAUCUCCCACCAACUAUGCCUGUUCUUCUGCAACGUUGCCUCCGACAAAAGGCAACACGAAAUUCAGAAAGCCGAUUAAACUUCAGAUCUUGGGCUGUUUCUGUCUGUUCCUUUCAGUGAUUCAGCCGGCCUUAAAAGCUGGGCUGAAGACCUUUGGUUGCAUUACUUUCUCCCGCAAGUCGAAAGUUCUGUGGAGGAGCAGGUUGCCGAGGCAACCAAUACUCAGCAGGACUUAUUGAUCCAAGUCGCUUUGAACGCAUUCUUAGAAGGAGCUUUUUUGCCGGGCUGCCCAUGCAAAUUAGAUAUCGGUUAGGUUAGGACUAAAUUUUUAGAUAUUUUAAUCGACUCUACUAGACCUAAUGCUGUCUGACCAGGGGAAUGUACUCAUAUUCCAGAGAUUUUGUCGGUGGUCGAAACAGGGAGAUUUGAUGCUUUCAUCAAAAGGAGGGACUUGAAAAUUUUAUAGAAGAAAUGACCUGUCGUUCUCUGAUUUCCCUGGUGCAAAUCAAGUCCUGUUUCGGAUGCCAACACUCUUGUUGUUCAUGUGUGUAACACCUUCUGCAAUUAGAUAUUACUUUCACAAAGUUUUUUAACGAGGCCGGAAGUUUGUCAUAAUGUGCAGGCCUAAGAGGGGACGUAUUUGCGUCAAAAUUUUCGUCGCAAAGGCACCAUCUUUUACCUUGUUACCUAGCAGUCCAGCCAUAUGAUACUCUGGGUACCAGAGCCUCAAUAAACCGGGGAUAAAGUAUUGUAGACCGCUUCGGUGGCAAAGAAGGAAGCUCAAAUAAUUAUUUCUGGAACUAAUUUCGAACUACAGUAUUCUCUCCAAUUAACGGACACUCUAAAAGGCGGACACCUCUGAUUAGCGGAAAAAAAUAUUUUUCCCGAUCAUUUUCUGGUUAAAGUCUCAUAAAAAACUUUCUAAAAAGCGGACACUUAAUUAGCGGACACUCCAAUCAACGGAUAAUAUUGUUUGCACAAAAUAGUGAAUUUGGCUUUUUUCCUUUCCAAUUAGCAGACAGUACAAAACAUUUAGGAGCCAGCGAACAAAAAAAUAAGACAAAUGAAUAUUUUUUCAAGUAUUCCGACAGAGGGCUUGGAGCUUCCAACAGGGGGGCUAAAAUGACUAAAAUAUGCAGUUUUCGUACGUUAUUUUGUCAAAUUUGCUCCGACAAUAACCUAAAAUUGCCUCCGAUGGGGGGGGGGGCUAAGUGCUUCCAACGGAGGGGCUAUAGCCCCUCUAGCCCUCCCCUGGCGCCACCACUGAUUACACCUUUUAGAUACAAAACAAGGGUCUAUUUCAACUUUGAAACUUAUAUUGCAAAACUUUCCAAAAGGCGGACAUUUCCAAUUAGCGGACACCUUGCUCUGGUCCCGACAGCGUCCGCUAAAUAAAGAGAAUACUGUAUAUUUCUGAGACUAAAUAAUGGAGACUCUGUCGCCCAGGGUAGCCAGAUGACUGUCUACUGACAAAAAUCUCUUCAUAUCCCCCUUCAACCCUUCUUAAGAUUUAUUGAAUUACUUAUCUUCAGUUUCAUUUUAAGCACUUGUUAUAAACUGCCGACUGAAUCAAAUAAAGUUUUAUCUUACUGUUCUUAAAUACAAAUUCACUUUUUCUAAAACGAAAUGUUUAGUCAAAGUUACGUUGCAAUUAGUUCUUGCAGUUAACAGCGUCAAAAGAUAUGUAAAUGAAGGAACCCUCGUUGUAAAAUAGUGCUGUACCAGAGCAUGCUACGUUUCUCGUUGAUAAGUAUGGAAAAACCACUGCCCCAGUUUUCAACUCUUUAUUAUUCAAAUCUAUUUGACACUUAAGGUGGUGGAAAAGGACACUGUGACUCCUGACAAACUCUAAAAGAACAUAUUGUACUUAACACAGAACGGCAAUUGUUGUACUCAACGACGUCGGAGAAUUUUCAUUCCACCUUCUGUCGCGCCCUUUCCCGCCCUGUUCACCAUUCUAUCGACCCGAAUCA